AUGGGAAGGGUAAAAAUGAGUGAAACAUUUUCUUAUUGGAUAGAAGAUAAUAUAUAUCCUAAAAAAUGGGAUAUUAUUUAUAAACAAAGAGAAAAUCAAGUUUUUUUAAUUAAAAUUAAUAAAGGAUCAAGUGAAUAUAUAAUAGUUUCAGAAAGAUUUAAUGAAACUAUGAGUAAUUCAUUUGAAAUUAUUAAAAUAGAAAGAAUUCAAAAUAAAAGUUUAUGGAGAAAUUUUGAUGAAUCAAGAAAAAGGUUAAAUGAGAAAUAUCAAGUUUCAAAUUUAGAUUUCCUUGAAAGUACUUUAUUCCAUGGCACUAGAGCUAAUGAUCCAAAAUUAAUAUUUUCAUCAAAAGUUGGAUUCGAUAUCGGUAAAUCUUCAUUUGGUAAUUAUGGCAUUGGUUUAUAUUUUGCAUUAAAUGCAAGUUAUUCCAAUAAUUAUAGUUUUGAAGAAUCACCAACCAGUGGUUGUAAACAAAUGUUUCUAUGUAGAGUAUUAUUAGGCAAUAGUGCACCUCCAACUCAAAAAGAAUUAAAAAAUGAUAGUACUCAAGAUAGUAUAAAAGGACCAGGAGGUGAAAUGUUCAUUUUAAAAUCAAAUCAUACUGCAUAUCCUGAUUAUUUAAUUUCAUACCGUCAAAAAGUAAUCGUUAAUAAUAACACUAACAACAAUAAUAAAAAUAAAAAUAAAAAUAAUAAUAAAAAUAAUAAUAAAAAUAUUAAAAUUCAAAAUGAAAAUAAAAAUGAAAAUAAAAUUGAAAAUAAAAAUGAAAAUGAAAAUCAAUUUGAUAAUUAUGGUUUCAAUACUAAUUUUAGUCAAAAUCUUUAUGAUAAAUAUGGUUUAAAAUAUCCAAGUCAAGAAAAACCAAAACCUGGAUUUUUCACUCCAAAUAAAGAAUUGGAAUAUGAAAUAUUCCCUCUUUUAUUUGAAAAAAAUGAAAAAGAAGAAGAAUUAGAAGAAUUAGAAGAUUAUCAAUUAGCUUUAUUAUUAUCAACUAGUUCUUUAGGGUCAAAAUAG